AUGGACACGGAGCUGUUGACCGCGCUUCUUGACAAGAGGAGUUUUUGCGCUUGCGAUAGAACGAUGGAUUGGCAGCGAUGGAAAAGCUCAGGGCUGCCCGCGCUGCUAGCGCUUCCUUCCAUGCUUUGGCUUGCAGCAUGCUGCAAUGUGCUGCAGGUGCUCUGCUUGAUCCUUUGGGCUGCGGGACUUCGGAAGGAGUACACCCAAGCAAUACGUUUCAUCGUCGAGGUCAUGCACAGGCCUUUCCUGUUCUUGAUGGAGUACUCUGGUAGUAGGGUAUACAUCUAUGGCGAGGGCGACGUCAAGGUGGAUAUCCUGCAGACUUUGGGUUACAAUCAGUCCAUGAUCUUCUCGAACCAUCGCGGAGACCUCGACUGGCUGAUCGGCCUGUUGGUAGAGGACAAUGGUGGCGGACUAGGCUGCUGCAAGGCCAUCGUGAAGCAGGAACUCGUUUUCCUGCCCCUCUUCGGCUUUGCCUGGUGGUCAGCGGACUUCAUUUGCAUCAACAGGAACUGGCAGUCCGACAGGCGAAAGCUAGAUGCUGGUUACCAGCGUCAGCACGAGUACAGACAAUGGGACAUUCCCUACACCCUGACCAUCUUUCCGGAAGGCACUCGGCUAACGCCGGAGAAGCUACGCGACAGCCAGGAGUUUUGCGCGUCCAAGGGCUAUCCGAGGUUGGAAAACAGUUUAUGCCCACGCGCAAAGGGAUUGUGGAGUGCGGUUAACGGGAUGCAGCUGGACUGCGUAUAUGAUAUCACCGUGAUUCAAAACGGGAAUGGAAAGGCCAACAUCCUGACGCUGGCCCAGGGCGUCCCAGCGGAGUUUCAUGUUCAUGUCCAGAAGCUGGAUCCGUCGGGCAUUCCAGUUGAAGAGGACGCUUUCCAGAAGUGGAUUCUGGAACGAUGGUUGAGAAAAGAUGGGCAGCUUGCCAGGUUUGCCAAGGAUGGUCACUUGGGUGCAGACCAAGGACUUGUGGGGCGGCACCUUCUGUCGGUUUCUCCAGCUUGCGGGCAGACUGUAGUCGGUGCAAUUGCGUGGUGGCUGCUGAGCACUGCUUGCUUCCUCUGUUUUUGCGUUUUGUCCGGACGAUAUCGUCUUCUCGCUGGGGUUGGCCUCGGUACUCUCUUGUUUGUGGUGCUGACUGCAGUUGUCGUACAUCAGGUGCACUUCACCCACUCUGCCCAAGGCAAGAAGAGCAAGUGA